CCACUCUCGGACCGGCCCCACCUCUCGCGAUGUUUGUCGCGGAUGCGGGUAAGAUGGCGGCGGUUGGCGCUAGCGGCCCUCAGCAGCAGCAACCCCAGGCGCAGCCGCAGCCUCAGCCCCCGCAGCAGCAGCCUCAGUACACAGAUGCCUGGUAUCUGGCCCUUCUCGGCUUUGCCGAGAACUUCCGGACGGCCAGCCCGCCCAAGAUCAAGCUGUGCGUGCACUGCCUGCAGGCCAUCUUCCAGUUCAAGCCGUCGCAGCGCAUCGAGGCCCGCACCCACCUCCAGCUGGGCAGCGUCUUGUACCACCACACCAAGAACACGGACCAGGCCCGUUCGCAUCUCGAGAAGGCGUGGUUAAUAUCCCAACAAAUUCCACAGUUUGAAGAUAUCAAAUUUGAAGCAGCCAGCCUUCUCUCAGAGUUAUAUUGCCACCAGAAUCUGGUUGAUUCAGCAAAACCACUUUUACGGAAAGCAAUCCAGAUCUCUCAGCAAACGCCUUACUGGCAUUGUCGACUACUCUUUCAGCUUGCACAAUUGCACACGUUAGAGAAAGAUUUGGUCUCGGCGUGUGAUCUCUUGGGAGUUGGAGCUGAGUAUGCCAGAGUAGUGGGAUCAGAAUACACAAGAGCACUCUUCCUCUUAAGCAAAGGCAUGCUGCUGUUGAUGGAACGGAAACUGCAAGAGGUUCAUCCUCUGUUGACUCUGUGUGGCCAGAUUGUAGAGAACUGGCAGGGUAACCCCAUACAGAAAGAGUCUCUACGUGUCUUCUUUCUGGUACUACAAGUCACACACUACCUGGAUGCAGGGCAGGUCAAAAGCGUGAAGCCCUGCCUGAAACAGUUGCAGCAGUGUAUUCAAACCAUCUCCACGCUACAUGAUGACGAGAUCUUGCCCAGUAAUCCCGCAGACCUCUUUCACUGGCUACCCAAGGAGCAUAUGUGUGUCCUGGUCUAUCUGGUGACUGUGAUGCACUCCAUGCAAGCUGGAUACUUGGAGAAAGCCCAGAAAUACACAGAUAAAGCACUCAUGCAGUUAGAGAAAUUAAAAAUGCUGGACUGCAGCCCAAUCCUCUCAUCAUUUCAAGUCAUGUUACUGGAACAUAUCAUCAUGUGUCGACUUGUAACAGGCCACAAAGCCACAGCUCUCCAAGAGAUUUCUCAGGUCUGCCAACUAUGUCAGCAAUCUCCCAGGUUAUUUUCCAACCAUGCAGCCCAGCUUCACACACUACUGGGUUUGUAUUGCAUCUCCAUAAACUGCAUGGACAAUGCUGAGGCACAGUUCACAACAGCACUUCGGCUAACAACGCAUCAGGAAUUGUGGGCAUUCAUUGUCACAAACCUGGCCAGUGUCUACAUUAGAGAGGGCAACAGACAUCAGGAGCUAUACAAUCUGCUGGAAAGAAUAAACCCAGAUCACAACUUCCCAGUCAGUUCCCACUGUCUCCGAGCAGCUGCCUUCUACAUCCGGGGCCUCCUGUCCUUCUUUCAAGGAAGGUACAAUGAAGCAAAGAGAUUUCUACGGGAGACUCUCAAAAUGUCAAACGCAGAAGAUUUGAAUCGGUUAACAGCUUGUUCCUUGGUGUUACUGGGUCACAUAUUCUACGCCCUUGGAAACCAUAGGGAGAGCAAUAACAUGGUGGUACCAGCCAUGCAACUGGCCAGCAAGAUCCCAGACAUGUCAGUCCAGCUGUGGUCAUCAGCACUGCUGAGGGAUCUCAACAAGGCAUGUGGGAACUCUAUGGAAGCUCAUGAAGCAGCGCAGAUGCAUCAGAACUUCUCUCAGCAGCUUCUCAACGACCAUAUAGAGGCUUGCAGCCUCCCCGAACACAAUCUGAUCAAUUGGACUGACGGGCCUCUUCCUGUGCAGUUUCAAGCUCAAAAUGGACCGACCACCAGCCUCGCGAGUCUGCUAUGAACAUAACCCAGGGUGUAAAUCUGUGGAACCCUUCGCCCUCAAACCAGGCAAACAUGAAACGGGAUUUGAAAUUGGCUUCCUAAUCAUUGCAGGGCAAACGACAGGCAGACGGCGAGGGAGUUUGCCUGCAGUGCUGCGGGCAUGAUCCAGACUCUCACCCGCUUCCCUCUGGAGAUCAGUCCGGCCCCGUGUGCUGGGCUGUUGACUUUGAUGCAAAACAAUGGUUUUGUUUGAAUGAUGUCGAUGAUGAUUCCCAAAGGAAUUGUUAUUACCUCUCCUCAUCCCAAUCGUGUUUGUAAUCUCUGCUCCGUGUAAUGUUCUCUCUGCUCCUGUUUCUAAGCACCAUGUGAUUUUUGCCCCUGUUCCCCCGGCUCCAGUGUAGGGGGUUUGGGAGCGGUUAGGGGUACAACCUCUGUCAUGCUGUACUCUCACUGCACCCCUUCACCACUGGAUGCUCGCUGCCAUCACUGGUUGCCGCGGGAACUACCCUACCUCUGAAUGGUGGAAGUACUGGGGGAGGAGUUAGUCACGGCGUAUAUUUAUAUUUACUUUGCUAAAUUGAGUAGCUUGGUGCUGAUGACGUAUUUUGCAGUGCUCCCUGUUAAUUUUGAUAGAAUGGCCGCACCCUCUGCCCAGACAACUGUUAGUCGCUUGCGAUGGAUCCGCUGCACGUUGAGCUAGUGACCACGUUGCAGAUGGUGCAUGGCAGGGACGGGUCCACACAAUCGCGCUUUCACCUGACCCUGCGAGAGCUGGACCCGAAGCUGGUUUACUGUAGCCCAGUGUUUGAGGCUGUUUAGUCAGGAAUCUCCAAUCCACACAUGUUGUUCACAUGUUCUGCAGCUGCUGCCCCUCCCUCUCUGCUCUCAUGUCUGAUGCAAGGACUCCUUUCUCCCUCCAUCACCCCAACAUGCACACGUUCUCUCCCUCCAUUGCUUGCUUUCACUCAUUUCCCCCCACCCCCCUCCCGCAGAUCCACUUCAGGACAACCGAUGGUCUUGCCAAAAACGUAUUGUUGUUCCUAUUUGAUCCAGUGAGUUGGUUCUAUUUAUUACAGUGCUUUUAUCUAAUAGAAAAAUAAUUUAUAAACUGAGAGUGGUGGUCUGUCGUGAUGGGGGUGGGGGGAGUGAAGAUGGCCUGGAGGCUGCUUCUCUUCCUGUGCACUUCUCCCUCUUCCUGCCCCUUCCUCUCCUUUAUCCCCUUCCACUUCUCAUUCUUUCCACCUGCAGUUGCACAGUUCCAGUAAUCCUGACUGUUUACUGAGCGACCAAUGUGGUAAAUUACAGGAUAAACUCAAAGCUAAGUCUUAAUUUAAUUCAUUCAAAACAAAAUUGCUUUUAAACUGUGUUUCUUUGGCUGAAGAUGUUGGCUGCCAAACAGCAUUUUACCAGAUUGGUGUUGCAGUUCUCAGAUGCGAGUUGAACUUAAGGCUGUAAGAAAGAACUGCAGAUGCUGAUUUAAAUCGAAGGUAGACACAAAAUGCUGGAGUAACUCAGCGGGACAGGCAGCAUCUCUGGAGAGAAGAAAUGGGUGACGUUUGGGGUCAAGACCCUUCUUCAGACUGGUCUGAAGAAGGGUCUCGACCCCAAAUGUCACCCAAUCCUUCUCUCCAGAGAUGCUGCCUGUCCUGCUGAGUUACUCCAGCAUUUUGUGUUUAUCCUGUAUUUAAGGCUGUUAGGGUCCCUGGUACAGUCACAUCACCACUAGAACAGUCCCAAUGCCCCAGUACGACAGAGGGAGGAAAUCUGCACCUUGCCCCUGACCAGUGACGCCAGAGGUUAUCUGUAGUUGCGUGUUUCUUUUUGAGAAAUAAUGAAACUCUUGUUCGCUCCCUGGGAAGAUCCAGUCAGCUGUUAUGUGAUAUCACUCGGGGGAGUUUGACUCUUUCCAUCCAGACCCACAUAUAACUCUUUAUAUUGAUAUUGAUUUUAACUCUACUAUCAAUUAAACUCGGCUCAACUCAGUCCAAGAAUUAAUCUCCAUUUCAUGUAGACUCUUUCACAACUUAAUUCCACCAAUUACAGUGUGCUGUAUGAAGCUAAUGUUUAAAAUAAAAGCAGAAAGUGCUGAAACUACUGAAGUUCGGCAACUUUCUCUGGAAAGAGAAACAGAAGUAAGUCUUCACUUGCCCUUAAGUGUAGACUAUCAUUUCACACUGUUUUCUCCUCCACAUAUGCUGCCCGACCUGCUGCCUAUUUCCAGCAAUCGUGUUUUAUUUCAGAUUUCCAACAGUUUUUUAUUUUUUGAAGAGACUCAAGUCAACCGAGGGUUCUUCUAAUUAGUCACUAGGAACUGCAGAUGCAGGUUUUACAAAAAAGGGAUGCAAAGUGCCGGAGUAACACAACGGGUUAGGCAGCAUCUCUGGGAGCUAUGGAUAGGUGUCAUUUUGGGUCAUGGCCCUUCUUUGGUGGGCGGGGGGGGGGGGAAAGCUGGAAAAGAGGUGGGGACAGGACAAAGCCUGAAUUUCUCUCCCCUAGAACAAUCAGUCUUAAGGGUCCUCAUGUGAAGCAAUACCUAUCUGCAUUUGGAAGCUGCCUGGCCCGCUGAGUUACUCUAGUACUGUGUUUUUUUUCAAUUAGAAAUGGGGAGGAGGGGAUGGGUAUGUGUGCAUAUGUGGGGAAUAGGUGGCUGCGUAGGUUGAUCGUGCAAUAGCUAUGUGUGUCUGCGGCUGGUUGAAUGAGUGGGUGAGCGCCGUGAUGGCCACUGCUCAAGCACCCCAAGUUCAUGUAAUCUGAACUUGUUCACUCACUCAUUCAUCAUUUGGCCAGGCCAUUUGCGAAUGUCUUGGGCAGCACCACUGCAACGUUGAGCACUGUCACAAAGGAGGGGGGGGGGGUUCGCAAUAAACUAAUGAAGGACUGGAAUCUCUUGAACUUUCCUUUCCUUACAUGGUCAGGGUCAGGCAGGAAAAAGCAAGCAGCAAGCAGGAGUGAAUUAUUGUGGCUGCUGUCCGGUAUUGUUAAGGAGGUGUGGGGUGCGUGGCUGUGUAGAACGGCUCCAGAUGUUGUAGCUAUAAGAUUGCGUUGAGCUAGUUGGGGUGAUUGGAAAGACCAAGAGGGUGAAGACUCAUUGGUCCCAAGAGGCAUUUGCGCUCAUUCUGAUGUGCAGGUUGCUGUAGAGGGGGAGAUCAGGCCCAACUGAAAUACCAACGUGCCUUUGUACAGGGGAAGAAAUUAUAAUGCAAGGGAUUUUCGUUUUUAAAAACUGGCUGAAAUGAAAGCUACCAGUAGAAAGAUGGUGUUUCAUUAAUUAAGUGAACAGACAUUAUUCUUAUGGGGGAGAUUGACAACACCUUUCAGACUCUCUGACUGACCAACACUUAUAUUUUUGUAUUUCAAAUAAUGUUCCCAUUUUUCAAAUCAACAAUCAAAGAGUCUGCUGAUAAACUGGCACCUUUGCAGGGCUCAGAGGAUUUCAGGCCCAGAGGGGGAGAGGAUUGGGUAUAAAUGGGUGAGAUUUAUUAAACUAAGGCUCUGUUUAAUUUGAGCCAUUGUAGACCUGGGCUGGUGGGUAGAGUGGUUUGGUGAGUUAAGACAUAAUUACAUCAAUUUGAAUGAGAUUGUAUAUAGAGGAUGGUGGUCAAAUAACAGUCUCAACCAGUCAACAUCAAACCCUGACCCUCGUGUGAAGCUAGGAGCUAUGAAAGCGGCUGCUUUGGGGUUAUCUGUAGUUACGAGUUUCUUUUUGAGAAAUAAUGAAACUCUUGUUCGUUCCCUGGGAAGAUCCAGUCAGCUGUUAUGUGAUAUCACUCGGGGGAGUUUGACUCUUUCCAUCCAGACCCAACUGUUGCAGGAAAGAAGACAUGGCUUGGCACUCUGCUGCGACUUCAACAGGAGAGGCAGCAGUGAACAAAGAGUCUUGUCUUCACCUUCGGGGUAUCAUUGUAUUCCUGGUAGUAUGGAUGAGUCGUGUGUUGUUUUCACUGACUAGCCGAAAAAAUUGCUUUUAAAUAGAUGGCCUUCCCACUUACAUGUAAAUAACGCUUUGGGAGGAGACUCCUGCAGGUGUCUCAAUCUACUUGAACCGCCGGUGUCCUGAUAAGGUUCCUGGCCUGGAGAAUCAUUGUCAUCACCAGAGGUGUUGCAGACAGGCGCAUGAUUUACAUACAUUGAGAGACCUUGCAGGAAUCUCUCUCACAGUAUUGUUGAACUGCAAUUAGUCAGAACAUGAGUGGCACCACUCCUGUGCAAGUUGCUGGAAACAUAUUACCCAAAGUAGAUCACUUCAUGGACUACUGAAUUCCUCGAACAGAACUUGAACGCUCUUGUCUUUGCAUCAAAUUCCUCUCUGUUCCUUUAAUCCUGUCGGCUCUCAGCCCCGCAUCAUACAUAUUGCAAAUCCCGAGAGAGUAUUGGUUCAAAUCAUGAUAUUAACGCGAACAAUGUUUUGUACAGUUCAUGUUUCUUUAAUCAAAUGUUUGUAUAUUUAAAUCAUUAUGGUCAUUCUGAUGAAAUCUCCACAUCUACUUCUCACCCUUAACUUUGUAAUUUUUGCAAUGUUAACAUUUCCCAAAUAUAGAAGGUUUGCACAGACAUAUUAUGUAUUACAGCCCUGUGUGUGUGUGUGUGUGUAUGUCUCUGUCUGAAGGAGGACUGGACAAAGCUUUGAACAGUAACAAAGACAACGUGUCAACUGCACGAAAAAUGCAGCCCUAAGUUUGUCAAUUUUCUCUCCUUUGCACCCCAGCUUUCUCACCCAUCCUUAGCGUUCUCCCCUUUCCCCUCUACCACCCAACCUCUUCAUCCUCCCACCAUCUCAUCCCACUUCCCCAUCCUCUGCCUUCCAUCUCUUGCCCCCUCCACUUUUCCUCUUCCUCCAUCUCUCCUUUCCCCCCUCAAAUUUAGAGCGUGGAGGAGAGCAAAGACAAGCUGGCAGUUCUGAGCCUUGCUCUGCGUUGGGCCAGGAAUGAUCAGAAUCCAUGUGAUCGCAUUGAGGUGGAAGUCAUCGCCCUUACUGACAGCAAAUGAUGGCCAGACUGCUGGUGUGCAGCUGACACUGAGCUGUGAGCUCAGGCUCACGAACCUUAUUGUCACCUGGUUUACCCACUGCUGCCAUGUCAACAUUUGAUCAGUGCAUCUUCUCACUAAUGGAAUUUAAAAUUUCUCCCCUGUGCUCCUUGCCACCACAACACUUAGGGAAGGAAGUUGUAGAAAUGCAGUUUUGUUUUGUUUCUUUGGAAAAAUUAUCUGUAAGGAUAAAUGCUGCUGUCCAACCAGAUGCCACAAGUGUGAGCAAAAUUGCCAGUUACUGACUGGUUGCUCACUGCUUCCAGUCACAGGCAGCUAGUCUGAUAUGACAGCAGCUUCUGUCCAAGCAGAGGCUAUGCCUCUUCAGUCAGGGAUACUGCCCUUGCAGUGAGACCUGAGCCCAAGCACUUGGCCGAUUGUUAACCCCUCAAUGGGUGGGCCAGAUAGGACUGUUCGGAGAUCUUCCUCCUGCAAUCUACCGCUGUGUGUUCAUUGGCUCUGGAAGGGGAGAGUGCUUCGCUGGUGAGAUUGGAUCUUUCACCCUCCACGUCAAGACUUGCCCAUGAGAACAAGUCUGGACCUGGCGGGUCGUAGUACUGACCUGAUGGCCAAUAAUCAUAGCCAGCUCCAUGGAUAGAGUGGUGGAGAGAAGCAGUUGUGGAGGGAGACAGAGGAAAACUUGGUCCGGGCACAGACAAAGUUACAGUGAGGUACAGCUGUCUCAGCCCAUGGGCACCUGAAUCGAUUGCCUGUGGUGAGUGUUGGUUGGAAGGGUUGAGUUGUGGGUAUGAAUGUAGAAACAUGUAUCCAUGGUAAGGAUUGAUAUAUUUUAUAUAAAUAAAUGUAGAUUAGUUAAAGAAUGUUUUUAUGGAAUCAGAUGGCUGAUAUUUCUCUUACGACAUAAACACAAGUUGCCCUGUGAGGAGGGUAUUUAUAUUACCUGGCCUGUCAGAUGGGAGAUCACACUUUUUGCUGAUGUGACCAUAGUCAAGGCACAUUGACGAGUACUCCUACACUACACAGUAUGAAUGUCAUAAGGGGAUACCCCGGUCGGGGAACAGACGGAGCAGCACCUCCACCCUGCCUGGAUCUUCCCUCACUCAACACCUCGCUGUUCAUCGACCAUCAGCUCCAGUUUGCCAUCCUCCCCGAGACAUGACUCGCCUGAGCUGGGGAGGGCCAGAGCACUGCGAGACCUCGCCCAGGCUUGCCAUGGCUCCAGAGGGAACAGUGGGGUGGUGUGGAGAUGUGACCAAGCUUUUGCAGUCCUAUUAGUGAAAGUGAAGGGGGUCUGGUUGAGGUCAGGGCUGUGCUUUCAGUGCAGUGGCGUCCACUUGUGUUCGAAGCUAUGUUAAUGACACUUUAAACCAUGCAGCCAGGGUCUGUUUUAUUACCCCCCCCUGCCCACCCCUCCAGUGAUUUGUAACCUGCCAAACCCAUCCUUCAUUUACACUCUGCCAUUCUAUGUCUGACUAUUUCUUUCUCUUCUGUCUCUGCUCAGCUCCCCUUCCUCGUUAUACUUGCUGCGACCGAGGUGAAUGACCCAGUGAAUUAUGUCUUGGGGUCUAGGAAAGUCCCUGGGUUGUCUUUGGUUGGUAAUCAGGCUCAGCAGACCUAGCUCCAGAAUAACACCAGGCAGAGCUCUGGACCCGUCUCCUGGAAGGUGUGCAUCUGGGACAGGGCUAACUGACCCUGGCUCUUCACCCACAGGCUGUACUGCCUGAGGAACAGCUGCAGCAAAGGUUGAUCCUGGCAGUGAGGGACUCUGGCUCUGGCCAUUCUCAAAUUUAACAUCAUGCUGCAGGCUGAAACUGGCUGGGGGUUCAGCGGAAGAUUUUGUGCUUUUGCUCUAGGCUUCUAACGAGACUAGGGACUUGUCCAUUUCAGGCAGCAGUAAACUGGACACAAUAGAUUCACCUGUUAAUAUUUAAGUUCAAUCAUCUUACACUGUGUGCUACGCAAUAAUAUUUAUGGAGGCAACUGGGCAGUAACUCUCAUGCCUUACAACCUGCAUCCCAGAAGUAUGUCUACCAGAAUCACUAGAUAUCACAUUAAUUAUUGUUUCUGGCCCUUCUGUUUAUUUUCUGUACAGACAAUUCAAAGUGUUCUUAGACUGAGACAAUGUUUUAAUAGCUACCUACAUCAUGUAUCUGGUGAACCAGUUUCUAUGUAAUUAUGUUCCUUUAAGAAUUAUGGCAGGUUUGUUAACACGUAAUUUGUGUUUUAGCAUCACUGAACCUUUACAAUAGUUUAUAGAUGUCUAGAUGUUUGAGAUGUAAAGGAGUUCCCUACUUCAGUGACGAUGCCGCUGUGAAGCAGGGAUAGGUUGGUUUGUAAAUAUGAAUCUAUGUAAACAGAGCCUGCCUGUCGCUGUGUUUUUAGCUUUCUAUUACAUUUGGAUUAACUUUUUUGUUUUUUAUUCUAUAUAUCAGGGAAUUUUUAAAAUAAAUUCACAAAAUCUAAACUUUUAA